AUGGUAGGAAAACAAAUCCUUCUUCCUGGCCUAUUACGGAAGGGGUUCAUGAUAUUAAAAUCUCGAAGAAAAUAUCCAACACCACCUCUGCACCAAACAAAUCCUUCACCGUCUCCCGGCCCUCCUCCAAUACCUACUUCGAACGCUGGCGGCCAAGGUCCUCCUCCACCUCAAGGCCAAGAAAACCUGAACGCUCUACAACGGGCUAUCGAUAGCAUGGAGGAAAAAGGCAUGCAAGAGGAUCCCAGAUACUCGCAGUUGUUAGCCUUGAGGGCUAGAAGUAACGGGACGAACUCCAUCUUCAAUCAAAACCAAAUGACUCAACUGAGGUAA